GGACUCGAUCCUAUGCAAAGAAAGGAUAAGCGAGAAUUGGGAAUCGAUUCACGUUUGCUUCCAAGACUAAGGGGUUAACGCUGGCGUGUUACAGAACCGGAGAGAUCUGGAUUAGCCAGAGUGUUUUGGUAAUAUGACUUCGCUUCUUCCUUUUACGCCGCCCAUUGUUAAGAGAUUGCUGGGCUGGAAGCGAAGUACGGACGACGAUGAUAAAUGGGCCGAGAAAGCAGUGAAGAGUUUGGUAAAGAAAUUGAAGAAAACUGGAGGCCUUGAGGAGCUGGAAAGAGCGAUCACGAACCCGGGUAUUCCUACUAAAUGUGUGACAAUACCUCGCAGUUUAGACGGCCGUUUGCAAGUUUCGCAUCGCAAAGGUCUGCCUCAUGUGAUUUACUGUCGACUAUGGCGUUGGCCGGACUUGCAAAGCCAUCACGAAUUGCGACCUAUCGAGUCGUGUGAAUACGCUUUUAGCUUGAAGAAAGAUGAAGUUUGUGUGAAUCCUUUCCACUAUCAGCGAGUAGAAACACCAGGUAAUUUUACAAUCAAUGUUGUGCACAAUUCCUUACGCAAAGAAUGCUCUACGGGGUCGUAGAAAUAUCUCGUUUGUGUUCUUUCGGCGUCCCAAUUAGUCUAUCCAGUUUUGUUUUGAUCUCAGCGCGCGUGUUCCAUUACUUUGUACACUGCUCGAGUGUCUCCUGCGAUCGUUCUGGAUGGCAGGAAAUCUGAAUGUUUUACUUAAGUAUAAAAUUAUAAUUUACCUUUUCGAAAGCAGCAGGGAUGACAAGCGAACAUGCCAUUAAAACAUCCUUGUAAUGCCUAAGUCGCGAAGAAAAUGAGUAUGUUUCUUCCUUGAUAAUUACGCUUUCGUCCAUGUGUUCGAUAAUUGCUGGAUAUGUAAGCAAGAAAAAGUGCAUUUUUGACUGCAGAAAUGCAAUCCUCUCGAGUAAAAGAUUCUAGACGAAUGGCCACUUCAAAUUUCGCCUUUUCACUGAUGGUUUGUCAACCAACAUAGCGUUAAUCGGCCGUUGUAUCUCGUACUAUUGAAUGAACGAACAUGUGUUCAAAAAACCUGCAAAAUGUGCUCAUAGGUUGUGCACGUUCUAGAUUAAUUUUUCUUCGCCUUUUGCUAUCAGCUGUUUUUGACGUCCAAUAUUGAAUUGCUGCUUUGUAGAUAGAGUCUUUGAUCGGAUCUGAUCGGUUAAUUUCCAUUUUCAAAACAGAUGCCUUGAUUUUGCGGAGGUCAUGUUGGAUGGUAAAAUUGUGUAGUACAACGUAAAACUAGGACACUGGCUGGUGUUGUAGGACUUUUUUUGUGCGAUUUUUGCGGACUGGUUGUUAGGCUCGGUGUUUUUAUUCCCGACAGUCGCUGCCAAGGUUUUUUUCUCAACCUUGAUCAAUUUCUUUACGAUCAGUUGCCGAUUUAUUCCUAGCGCGUUAUGGACGCUAAAGGAAAUAUGCCGCUAUCAUACAGAUUUUCAUUUCAAUCAGUUUUUUCGUGGGUUUGGUUUGAAUCCUCUCUACUGCUUCUCAAAGGCCUCUAAACUAACUCGAUUAAAUGUUACUUUAGAUAUUGUUGUUUGAAUCGUUGAAUUUUGGGAAAGAUGUUCGACCAAAUGAAUAGUUAUUCGACGGUAUGUGUGCGACAAACGUACGUGUGUUUGUGUUCGCGCCGAGAAAAAGUUCGAUCUUCUCGCUAUAAGGCAAACUUUCAAGUACUUUCAGCGGUAGUUUGACAGUGCUCAAUGACACAUUGUCCCACUUAAGUUUUAUAUUUAUUUGAAAGUCGUAGGAUAUUUUUUUACGGACUUCAUUUGUGAUAUGUUUCAUUAUCAAACGGCCAGUUGUUUGUCGUUUGACCAAGCAAUGAAAUAGCCCAGAACCGCGUCAAAUAUUUUUUAAAAUGUUUCCAAAUCGAAGUUCAUAAGCUGUGUCCUACACAUUAAAGCUCUUAGGUCGUGAAUGAUUGUUGACUUAAGAAUUUUAUUUCUCUGUAUACAUUUGUAAUUCGCCACGCUAGUGCCUCGGUCUGUUUCCGUCAAAUUAAAUUAAUGAGGAGAAAUUAUCAACCAUUUUUCGUUGACGAAUACGAAACUUUGGUCGAUGAUGCGUAGUAAUGCAAAGUCAAACAGCGAGAGUGUAUAUACAAGUUUUGUUUUGCAUUGUUCUGGAGGCAAUUUGUACGAGAAAUCAAAUAAAGAAAAUUGGGCUUGUCUCCGGAAGGGAGUCUCCAUACGUUCUCUUGUUAUCUGAUAUAGAGCCAAUGAUCAACUGCAGAUUUUUCACCUUUAUCAUUUUUUACGAUUGUCAAACGAAUGAGUUGUUCGUGAAGAUGCAAGUAUUUUAGAAUUUACCUUUUUUACUGUUUCCAUUGCAUUAUUGUUCAUGGUUUCGUUCGAAUCAUUUCACAAUGGUGAUGUUGUUACGUGAUAUCAUGAAAAUGCUAAUCGCCAUGCGUUGUUUCAUAAACUUGUUUUUCCUUUUUGCCAGUGAAACCUAACCUAUUGUGAAAUACUAACUUCUACAUUUUCUCCGUUGGAAUUUUAUUUUUAUUAUUUGAUCAGUCGAAUACUAUUAAUAAAUAAGAUAUAUGGUUUCUUUGUUUUCUCUUGUAAGGAGUGUGCAGUUCUUGUUGUUGUUAAAGCUUUGUGUCUGUCCAAAUAGUUUAUUUUUCCUCUUAUAUUUUGAAGCACACAUUGGUGUAAUGUUUAACAUGCUUAUGUGUCUUAAACACUGAUAUCAGUAUAUCAGUGAUUUACAUUGGUCAAGGGUGUGACUUGGUUUUCUGUGUGUGUGUGUGUGUGUGGCUUUUAUCAGCAGAACAUGUUUAUCAAAGCUAACACUUCAUAAUACUGUUUAUUGGGCUUAGGUGUGCACUAUUUGCUGUGUUUGGUGCAUUCAGUAACAGUAGCAACACUUUAAUCCUGUAACAUUGAGCAUUACCCAGUACUUUGCUGCAGUUCAAACUGUUGUGAACAUUGGAAUGGUUGAGUUUCAUUAAAUUUUCCUGCUAAAUCACAGUCGACAUUAUCAUUUAAUAAGGAAGUAACACUAUGUGACUUUGAUCAAUCUGAAGUGCCAAAUAAAUUCCUCAAAGUUUACUUUAUAUUCAUUUUAUUGUUCAAAUACACCUGUAAAACAGUUCAACAGUUAAAAAUAUAUUUUUAUGGACAGAAAACUUUGAAACUUUGGAAAGUUGUUUUGCAGAGUUCAAACAAAUCUAUGAAUGACAUUAUCUGUUCUAGUGGGUGGACAAUGGGAAUAAACAACCUCCUUAUGGGUCAUGACCUGGUCAGAUCUGUUAAGUUCCAGAUCAGAGACAAGGGUUUCUUUGAUUUUGAGAGUAUCCAAUCCUUUUCUAUGAUCCAGUCACAGUUUUGAUUAACACUAUCUUCAAAUGUUGAUAGUGUGAAAAAAAAAAUGAUUUAUUUUGUAUUAACAAUCCCUUAUAUGAUAUAUCUGAAUACUUGCUAUCAAAACCAUGGUAUGGAUAAAGCCAAUAGGUAGUAACAUGUAUUUGCGGUCGAAUAUCUGGUAACUAAAUACAUUCUGAUUGCAAGAAGUUUGAUAUUAAGCAGAAAUUAGAUCUAAGAUUUGAGAAUAAAGUCAGAUUUUAAAUCUUUUUAUUUUUCUUUAAAAUGAAAAUCAAUAUUUUGGGAUAAUGUCUGUGGGUAAUGCCUUUUUAUGAUGCUUUCAUUCAAUUGUUUUAUGAUUUUGUGUUCAUUGUGCUGCAUCAUAAUAGUACUAGGUAUAAAUGACAUGUUGAACAAUUUAUCCAGGCAAGUUAAAUCUGUAUUAUAUGUGUACCUUAUGGUGUUCUUCUCUUUAAGGCCAAGAACCAGGGGUAACUUUUGCCAAAGAACAUUGGUUGUUCAAUCAUUAAGUGUCACCAUAUUUUAAUGGGUAGCUUAUAACUUAUUUGACUGCUUUUGUUUUUUUAGUACUUCCACCUGUUCUUGUUCCACGUCAAACAACUGAAGUUCCCAGAGAACGUCCAGCACUCCCAGAAUACACCAGACCUGAAAAUACUUCAUUUCCUACUCAAGAGCCCACUAACUCCCCAUUCCAGUUGCCUGGUAGGUACAAUUUGGGAGUCGCACAACAGUUUGUUUGCAUUUGUUCAUUUGAUAAUUUGACCAAGGAUCAAUAAAUUUUUCAUGUUUUACUUUCCUCCUCCCACCCCCCCUUUUUUUUUUUUUUUUUUUUUUUAAUCUGUUGGUUGCCAAUUUGCAACUUUUGUUGAAAUUCUAGUCGUCAAAUAUGUUUUUCACUCACCAUGGUGAGUGAAAAACAUGGGAGCACUGGCAUAACAUCAUUAUCCUGAUGUUUAGGUUGCUUGGGUUUAAUCUCUUCUCUAUGAGAAUGAACAGACAAGGAGUAUACAAAACUGUAGCUACUGCUCCAGCUAGGAACACACAUUGACCUUAAGAAAGAAAAAGGAAAAACAAACCUUUAAUUUCCCCCAAUGUGUGGAAAGAGGCAGUACAAAAGUGAAGUAUUGUACCAAAGAAUACAAAUAAGAGACCACAGAAUGGGCAUGGAGAAGAAGUCCUGGCUGUGAACCAUUUGACUUGCUUUGGUAUUUCUUAACCCUUUACACCCUAAUGUCAGUAUGCAUAUUCUCUAUACUGCUUCUAUACAUUUCUUGAAGUGCUGACAAUGAGAAUUUGUUUAAAAAUCAAGAGCUUUAUCAGGUGGUGAUCAUUUCCUCAAUUCUCAUAACUGUAAUGUUUGCUUCUGGGCUGAUAUUGUAGGGAGAAGUUAGAAGCUGGUUACUCUAAGGGGUUAAAGGGCUAAAAAAUGAAUUGAGUCUCAAAAUGGAGGGCAAAAUUUUUUUUUCAGGUCAUUAAGUCACACAUUAACAUCAGUUUUCAUAUUCUCCAUACUGUUCUCUGUACAUUUACUAAGGUGCUGUGUACUGAUUUGUCAAACAAUUAAGAGUUUCUUUAGUUGGUGAUCAUUUCCUUUAUUCUCAUGACAGUAAUGUGUUAUUCAGGGGUGAUAUUGUAAGGAGAAAUUAGAUGCUAGUCCCUCCUAGGAGUCAAAGGGUUAAGGUUUCUCCAAACCCUUGAUGGUGUCUUCCUUGCUUGUAACUGGACAUUAUAAUAGGACAGUUUACAUGUCUUGCCUGUGUCAUUGGACAGUUUGUGUUAUUUGCAUCCUGUUUUCAUGAUUUUACUGUUGCUUUGCCUGAUAAGUAUAACCAAUACUAGAUGAUUUCUCAAAUUUUGUCAUUGUUUGAUUAACUGGUAACAGAACUUUGAGGUGUCCAAAGCAAUCUAUUAUUAUACUUUAAAUCAACAGAUUGCACUCCUGCUUUGCAUUUGUCUGAUUUUGUGGAUCACUUGUACAAUUACAAAACAAAUUGGAUUCCACUGAAUCCUCUUACCAUUACUGGUAUUAAAAGAGAUGGUAUUUUGUCAAAAUCAUAGUGGAAGGUUUGGUCUUUUGAAGGUUGAGAAGCAUGUCACACCCUCUCGUAAGAUUUAUAUUGACACUUGGCUCACACUAUGAACUGCCAGCCAAUUAUUUAGGGGUACGUACCCCUAACAAUCACAGCAAGCAAAAUGUCAAUUUACAGGGAAAUGAUAUUGUUUCAGUCAUGUUUUGCAAAAGUAAUCACAUGGGCCUGAGGGCUAAUAAGGAUUAAUUUCACUUCAAAAUUUAAAGUUUUCCUUGUUAAGUUUGGGAAAACUUUAGAAAUAGAAGUGAAAUUAAUCCUUUAUCGCACAUAGGAACUUGUGAUGACUUGUUUAUAACAUAAAGGUUGAAAUGUUUUGAGGGAAUUGCAUAUGUGCAUGAUGUCCACACGUCACAAAUGUCAACACAAACACGAAAAACAAACUGAGUAACAACACCAGGAAAGAAUGUUGUUAGUUAGGCAAACCACAAGCCCCUGUCACUUUCUGUGAGAUGUUUUCUAUUGUCUGAACAUGAGAUUCACAAAUUUGUUGUGUUUUGGGUAAAUCAUGCUGUCAAGGACUUGUAUCAUGCAAAAAGAUGGUCUGAUGUCAUGGUUAUUAACUUGUAUUGUUUCUGUUGCCUGUGCAGAUACUCCAGGUUAUAUGUCAGAGGAUCAGUGCUCAGUGUCAGGAGAUCAACCACAGAGCAUGCAGACAGGUAAGACCCCAAGUAGUUUUUUGCAGCUUAAUUCAUGUCACGAUAAAGGAGCCAUUUUACACUAUUUUGAUUUGCUUUUAGUAUGAACAAGGGAAAUCCUUUGGGUAGUUUCAGUAAAUUAAGUGAAUAACUUAAACAUAUUGCAAACCCAUUCUCUUUUCAUUAGUUUUCCCUCUGACUGGUGUACAAAAAAUGUAGCCUGUAAACCACAUUCUAAAUUGAAAUUCACUAGUCAGCCUCCCAAACAUUCUUUACAGUCAGAGUUCAGUGGCAACUAUAUUUCUGGUUUCCUUGCAGAUCCAGGUCCUCUAUCUCCAGAUCCAUCCCUUGCAGGUAAAAACAAGUAUUUCAUUUGUUACCUUUCACCAUGUGAUUGCUACUGCUAAGCUUUAACGUAAACCCUUUUUUAUUUGUUUCAUUAUUCAUUAUAUGAACAAUACAUAUAUAAACAUGUGUGCAACAAGAGGCUUAAUUGUAAUGAGGAAAUGGUUAGUGUGCAGUGAGUUAUGGAUGUACUUGGGAGGCAGCUAAGCACAAGAGAAGAGUAAGAGCGGCACAAGGUGGUAGCAGGGAGUGACUCUAGUUUUUUAAGUGCUUUCAUAACUCAAUGGUUGCAUGCUGCAUGUUAACCAUUUCAUUUAUAACAUUGAUACUGUCAAACAUCUUUUGUUUCCUGAAGGGAAAAAAGGAAAACAAUCUGAGGUUAGCUUGCAACCCACAGGCAAAUGGAUCAAGUGUAUUUUGUGAAGCUAUGUUCUAAUCAUUGUUCUGUUGUCUUCCAGAUGCACAGCCUGUCCAGUACACUGAACCAGCAUACUGGUGCCAGAUUUCAUAUUAUGAGAUGAACACAAGAGUGGGAGAAAUUUUUCAUGCAGCUCGACCAAGUCUUACUGUUGAUGGCUUUACUGAUCCCUCUAGUUGUGACAGAUUCUGUUUGGGAUUGUUGUCUAAUAUUAACCGCAACCCUCAAAUAGAGAUGACACGUAAACACAUUGGGAAGGGAGUCCGCCUCUAUUACAUUGGUGGUGAAGUGUUUGCUGAGUGUUUAAGUGACAGUAGUAUAUUUGUACAGAGCCCCAACUGUAAUCAACGGUAUGGCUGGCACCCAGCCACUGUGUGUAAGAUUCCACCGGGAUGCAACCUAAAGAUCUUUAAUAAUCAAGAAUUUGCUCAGUUAUUGUCACAGUCUGUCAAUCAAGGUUUUGAGGCAGUGUAUGCAUUAACUCGUAUGUGUACCAUCAGAAUGUCGUUUGUAAAAGGCUGGGGUGCUGAGUAUCGCAGACAAACUGUAACAAGUACACCAUGUUGGAUUGAGCUUCACCUCAAUGGCCCCCUUCAAUGGCUUGAUAAAGUUCUUACGCAGAUGGGUUCUCCUUCUGCUCACUGUUCAUCAAUGUCCUGAUGAGUUUCAUAGAAUGUGUUAUUUCAUGUGUGAAUGUUUAUUGAAUACUUAAAGAUGUAAGUUAGGCUUAAAGCUUAUUAAAUGCUCAAAACCUAUUACUGGGUUUUGUGUAUGCUGUACCAUAUGCAAAAAUGCUGUAUACUCACUUUUUAGUUGAAUCUUUAUCAAAAAGGCAAUAUGCUACUAACUAUAUUUUAUAUAAUUAUGAAAAUCAAUGAUUGCAUACAAAUGUGCCUUUGAUGUCCAAAUAGAGGGAGAAAUGUACAUAAAACAGCCAUACUCAGUUGCAAGUUGCCAGACAGUAAUCUUUUAUAUUUUCUUUUUAGUUCCAUUGGACAAUUAUAAUUGCAGAUUGUUUGGGAUAUCUAUAGGAACAUGGUACUCUAUACCAGGACCAAACCAAGUGUCCAUUCGCAACUUAUUUGAAAGGCUAGCAACUGAUAAAAAAGACAAGUGUACAUUAUUUAGGUCAGAACAAGAAUGGAAAUUAUAUGUGUAGGGCUAUAUUGGGGUUAGUAUGUUAAGAGGCUGCUUUCAGGAAAUUGUAACUAUGCGAGCAACACAUUGAAAAUGAAUGACAUUCAACCAAAAAAUUGAACAUUUGAUGAAACACUGGUUGAGAUCACAUCAUCAAACUACACCCCAUGUGGUUGCAACUUCUCAGAAUGUUCAAGGAGAAACAAGAAUUUAAGUUCAUCUAUUGGUUGUAUCUAAUAUUUAAAAGUCCUUUCAUUUUUCACAGAGGCAAAUUAUGUAGGAAUUUGCAACCAUGCUUAGAGAGGGAGAAAUUGUGAAAGUAAACCUCAAGAGGUGACAAACUUAAAGUUUUUGGCGAAGAUCAUCAGACCUGUAGAUGUCUUUUGAACUGACAUUGGAAAUAGGUGCAUCUUUUGCAGUUGUUAUGAGUCACAUAAAAUUUACUUAUGUUUUGUGCUACAUAGGUUUUCUGGAAUUAAUGUUUGUCAUGUUAGUGUUGUGAAUGUCUAUGGAAUUCAAUCCUUUUGACUGCAAACCAAAAAUAAAUAUGAAUAAGUAGCUUGUAACUUAUAAAAUUUAACAGCAAAUUUUGAAGUAAUAUGGUACAGUUUUGUAUCAAUGUAUUUGUGGAAUUGUGAAAUUAGCUGAUCAACUGCACACAUCAAGGAAGAGUUUUGCCUGGCUAGGGGGAAAUGGUAAAUGUAUGUGUUGAUUGUAGUGUACAUACGGCUGUGUCACUAGUUUUGUGCAAAGUAUUCCAAAUUAAGUUACACAUUAAUGCUCAUUUUGAUUUAGUGAAUUUUCCUUUUGUACUUGUGAUUUUAGUGAUGGAUAAGUAGUAUUGUGUGUGCAACCAGUUAAAACUGGUCUUAGUAUGUUAUAGUUUGGUGGAAAAUGGCAAAGUGUGGGUGAGGUUGAUAAAGUUUCCAACCCUGGAGUUUGCAUUAUUGAUUGUAGAAUAGCAUGCAGACUGUUAUGCCACAGCCCAUCAUAUUCUGGUAAUUCUGGAAGUAGUGUCAUUCCUUUUAUUUUAAGUGCGAAAGGAAAUACUCAUAACAGUCUAAAAUGAUAUUAAAACUAAGAUUUUAGCCUUCAUAGUACUUAUGAAAUUUAACAACACUAAUUGAUUUGCACUUGGCAUAUACUCGGAUUGCAACUGGCAUGUACAAAGUUAAGGGGAGACUUUGCACAUCAAAGGCAUCUAACAAUGAGCAUUGCAAAAAUAUUACAGGAUAAUAGGAUGUGCAGGAUUACAAACCUUGUUUUAGGAGGGAAGUUUUUGUGAAACUAAUUUGUCAAAACAUGGACUCUGUAUGCAUGCACAUUGCCCUCUUUCUCCUUUCCAUGAAUUUCUCAAAAAAUUCUAAUCACUUUUUGUUUGUUUGUUUGUUUAUUAUGUUGUUGUGAAAAUGGUAACUGCAUUUCCUAUUAGGCUUAUCUUGUAGAAUAACAUUGUAGCAUCAGUCUUUAAAAAGCAAUUUUGUACAAGUAUUUGAGGGUUAUGAGAAAGGUGACAUUUUAACUAUAAUUAGAAUUUUUAGAUGGUUAUUUUAGAUUGUAAAUAGUAAUUAGAAAUAUGAUGGCACCUACUGAGGCAACUAUACCAUUUUAAUAGAGCCUAAUUGCAUUGCGCAGCAAUUUAUGUUUACUUCUAGUGCAUAUUUCAAUUUUUACUUUUACAGCUCUAAAGCUUC